UUGGCAACGUCGUCGAAGAGAAUACACGCGGCGAGACAGUCAGUCUUCUCGGGAGCUAUAUCGAAGUGUGCGAGCGUGGCCUAGUACCAUCCCGUUUUCUUUCAAGUUCUUCUUGCGCACGAAUUUAAAACUCCGCUUUCAUAGAUCGAAACUGGUAACGAAUAUUGCUCAUCAGGACAAAAUACUGCUUUGGUCGUUAAUCAGGAAGGUAAACAGUGUAGCGAAAUGUGAUUCUCAAUUGCGGAGAUGCAAUACAGCGAGAUCAGAAGGUCGGGUCAUGCAACGCGAAACAGUGAUCUUCCUCACGUUGAUCUGAACUCUCGAUAUGAUCGUCGAUGACUGACAGCAAACGAUCGGAGGCGCGGUCAGGAUGCCAUCUCCCAGAGAACCCAAACAGAGACCCAGAGAGUCUCAUGGUAGGUCUAGGUCCCACGCCUCGCCCGAGAGGAGGCAGAGACGCCGGACCCACUCCCAUAGUCCCGUCAGGAGACACGCCAGGUCUCCCACUUGUCGCCACAACAGGGGCAGGAGUCCCGCGAGACAUCAUCCUGCGAGGACUUCCAGAGGAGCUUCGCACGUCCCCUCAACUCUGGCCACAUGCUCCACUGGGCCUACGUACUCGUCUUCCAGUUAUGCUCCGCGGAGCCACAGGGAUAUCGAGGAAAGCAGCAUCACCCGUCUCAUAGUGGACAGGGGAAGCAGCGAGGACGAGGAGAACAGAGAGAACAGAAGGAGAGUGAGAGAGAGGAGCGAGACGUACGUAGACGUCGUCGACGAAGGAGAUCUGAAGGAGAAUGAAUUUCACCAAAGGAUCUGCAAAGCUGCCAAAGUAGUGUCCGGGUUCCUCAUCGCAAUGGGGCUGAUUUUAGUGUUCUACGUGAUCAUCACCACAAUCCUGGGCGAAUCGACGCCCUUGGACAUCUUUGAUUUCGAAUACGACAAGGAGGAAGUACUCAAUCUUGAAACGGGCGCGAGAGACCGAGACCUCGAGAUCGAGCUGCCCAAUUUGGCCUUCGAUAAAGCGGAACUCGAGUCGGCUGACCUCGUAACUGACAAACCUGAGGUUGGGACUGGUGAACUGUUACUCCCUAGAAAGGACUACGAUGGUUUAUACGGUGACGAAAAUGAGACUUACGAGAGCGGCGUCAUCUCGCCUCUAGACAACGCGACGACGAACAAGGACGCCGAGGGGCGUUCUUAUAUAGCUUACAUUCCCGCACUGAACAAUGAGGAGGAGGAUGAGGAAGAGGAGGAAGAAGAAGAGGAAAGCAAGGAAGAUAAACAUUCUUCACGCACGAAGCCCUUCUUCGUCCCUGUCAUGAUCAUGCCCGGUGGAGGAAUGAACCCUAGUCCUAUGUCCCAUCCUAAUCUCGGGCCAAACAGGGCACUUCCUCCACUUCCACAUCCUCAUCCUCAGCCUAACCGUGGGGGAGUCCCUAGGAUCCCCCUCCCCCCUAUACAUCAGAGGAAGCCGUCUAUUCCCAUUCCUCCCAUUCGGAAUAUUCCAGGGAUGGCCUCAAAUAUGCCGAAGGGAUUGCCGAAUCCGCAGUUACCACAAGGGAAUCACUUCUCCGGUUCACUUCCGCCAUUACCUCCGUUGCCGCCGGUUCAGAAUCCCGCUAUUCCAGGCAAUGCAAAUAUUCCCAAUUUCCAGCACAAUCCUCAAGGUGGCUUGCUCAAUCACGGAGUCAGCUUCCAAGGAAGCGAGAACAACGGACACCUUUCUAUGAACGGAAAUAAUGACGGCCAUUAUCAGAAUAAUGGAAAUAUGAACAGGGUUCCCUCUAACAAUGGCUACCCCAGCUUAAAUGGCGCCCAUAAUAAUGGAUUUGGAAACAACGUUGCUAAUAAUGUAAAUCCCUUAAACAAUAUUAAUAACGGGAACCUUCAAAAUGUCAUUAAUGGAUUCAAUCGCAACAAUGGAAACGCUUAUAGGCCUAACAACGGCAACGGGAACGGCCUGAGUCUAGGUAACCCACCGAAUGGCGCCAACCGCAUGAAUCUGCCGAGCAACGGAGGCAUCCCCUCCGACAGCUCCAGCAACGAGAUCUGGACGUCUUUGUUCGAGAUACUAAAGCGCCGUUCGGGAACUGCAGCGCCGUUCAGCAGCUCAGGUUCGACGGGAAGAAUGAACGGCGGUAGCAAUCCAAGCACUCUGGGUCUUCCUCCCCGCCGGGAGAGUACUAGCCCGAAUCGCCCUCCUCCUCCAUUACCUCCGAGUGACAUGCGUCUAAGACCUCGACUGCUGCCGAAAUCGAGAAUGUCUGGACCUCUUCCAAGACCGUUUCCUCGAUACAGGUACCGGCUGCCACCCAUCCCUCCACCACCUGGAAUGCCCAUCGUUCCACGAAGGACGCCUCCUCCUAGGCCUAUGCCAAAACCACCCAAGGAGUAUCAAUACCCGAAGGAUUCGACCAGCAUUCAGGACAUCAUUAAGUUCAUGAAAGAACGCGAGAAAAUCCAACAGAACGGCAACCAAGGGACCGAGGUUCACGUUUCCUAUGGGCCUAGCGAUAGUGGCGACCUCAUCAUCGGAGACCAAAACCACAUCGUUGGGGAUAAUCCUUUUGGAGACACGCUCGACCAAUAUACCAACUCGGGAGGUCCCGGAGAUAUCAUGUUCGGGAGUGACCCAGUUUCCGGAAAUACAGUUCCGGGCGGAGGGAACAAUUUUGGCGAAGGGAACCAGGGUAAUACCCAUAUGACAUUUGGCGGGGGAGGAGUUCCUGUGUAUAACAGAGGUAAUAAUAAUUUCAAUGGCGGUGGUAACUACAACAACGGUGGGGGUAAUUUCAAUAAUGGAAACAGCAAUAAUUUUGGGAACAACCCCAGCAACAGCGGAAACAGUUUCAAUGUGCAAAGCAACAACGGCAAUCAAGGCAGCAACAGUUACAACAGCGGGGAGAACAACUUCAGCUACGGAAAUAACUAUGGUACUAGUGGCAGCAACUACAACAGUGGGGAAAAUCAAUUUAAUAACGGUGGCAAUAGUUACAACAAUGGUGGAAGUAAUUACAACGGCGGUGGAAAUAAUUACAACAGCGGUGGUAACACCUACAACAAUGGCGGGAACACGGGAAAUCCAAGUUCCGGCAAAUCUCGCCCAUUCAACAUCAUGCUGGAUGUGUAUCCUAUGGACGUCUCGCAAAGCACAUCCGGUUCCAGGCCUUUCCAGACCAGCAUCUCCUACGAGAGCAAGGACAGGUUCGAUUCGGGCCAGAACCAAUAUGGCGGGUCUCACAGCAGCGGCGGGUACUACGGAAACGAUGGCAGAUACAGCAGUACCAACGAGCGCUUUGCACCGGAAGACGACGCGAACAAACACGAGAUUAUCCUGCAUCUUAACUUGUUUUCCAAGACGCCGUCUAAGUUGGGGACAAAUGGGCGAAACGGAGGGAGCGGAGGUGAUUUCUCGGGCAGGGCUGGGGCAGUGUCGUUGGAGAUACCCCUGACGGGUCAACUGAGUCCCCUCGACAUCUACAAAGCUCUCAUGGCCAGGGCAAGGUCGGAGAGGCCACAGGCUCAGACCCAGUACAGACCAGGAAUGGAGAAAAUUCUUCCCGGCGAGAGAGACGACGUCGAGAUCGAGCUCUUCGACGUGGAGGAGGGACCCAGGCUCUUGGACGCCAUCAAGCAGGGCCUUCGGGAGCUCAACAAGGACCUCCCGCCCGACAAACGCUUCCGCAUCGACGGCGAAUCUCCGUCUCUCAUCGACUUGUACGAAGCCGUGAACGGGGAAGCCAUGGUCACUCCCUUCUCCGCCGAGGAAUACCUAGCCAACCACAACCAUAACACCAGCUAUUCCCGUCACCCCAACUACAGCAAUACGGACGAGUAUUUGUAUUACGAUUACUACGACUUCCCUGACGACGCUCGCGAUAAGGACGAGAAGAAGACCGCUCAAUCGUCCACGAGCAGGUCCCUGACGAACUACGACCACGGGGGGGCGCGUGAGCACGAACAGUUGCCAACUCCUUGCACACACAAAGACCAUGACGACGGAAAAUGAAGGAGUAUGAAGUAUGAACCUGUCGAGCAGUGCAUCAUUUACAAGCAGAAGACCGUCUUGGAAUAAAGUCUAGCUUUACUUCACGGGCUAUUAAUUCAGAAAAACUUUACUGUAUGAUAUACAACAUUACGGCCCAAGAAAGUUAAACACAGUGUAGCAGUAAGGCGUGGCAAAGAAAACGGAGCCUAGAUACUUUGGCUAACUGAACUAGUCUUGCAAACGGUUUUCUUCAUCACAGAAUGAAUAUGUUCAAACACUUGUUGAUUAGCGUAGUAAAUAUGGUGCCAAUCUUGUCGAAGAACCUGAAAAUCUUUGGCUUGGGUCAGGAAUUUCAUCUCGUUUGUUGCUGGUACAGUUAGAAUUAUUAGCGUAUAUUAGCUUCGAACUUUUACGGGCAUGAAGAUGGUAGGUUUUAGAUAUUAAUUAGUGUUUAGUGCAUUUCUGUGAUGCUGAGAUCUCUCUCUCUCUCUCUCUCUCUCUCUCUCUCU